CAUCGCUUAAAAGAACAAGCAAACGGAUGCUGCUACAGUACUUCGUUUGCAGUGCCAACAGCUGAGGUCUGCUUCCUGAGUUUCCCUCCAGCCUGAGAGAGUUACAGGAACAGAAAGGAAGUGUGUGUUUGUGUGAAGGCAAGGGACAGUGUGUAAUGUACGUUUGUUAGAGAGAGCAAAAGAAAAGAGAGAGAGACUAAGGAAUGCUGUGAUGUCACCAGUUAAGUCAUACACAAAGGCAAGAAGGACACACAAGCACUCACUCUCCCUCUUAGUAAAGUCUGCCGUGGAGCGUCCGCACCCAGCUCGUGUCCCGUUUAUGGCUGCUAAUUAGUGAUGAGAGCUUGUGUGUGGUGAACGGACCGAGCUGGGCUUCAUCGUCUUUACCACCAUCAUCCUCGUUCUGAAGGACUGUUGCUGAAUCUCAGGAUAUAAUCAGGUGAACCACACACACGGCCAUGCUGCAGCAGAUCUUGAACGACAUGUACAUCGACCCGGAUGUGCUGGACGCUCUGAACGACGAGCAGAAGAAGACUCUCUUCCUGAAGAUGCGCGAGGAGCAGGUGCGACGCUGGAAGGAGCGAGAAGAGAAGCUGGAGAGGGCACCGCUCAAACCCAAACCAAAGACAGAUAAUGGCAAGAGUGUCAGUUGGCUGCUGGGACGAGAUGGAGAUGUACAGGUCAUUGUCAUUGGAGAGAUGGAUGAGCUCAAAUCCUCCAAGAUCAUCUAUUCAGGGUUUGGGGAGAGAAAAACGGCCAGCGUCCUUAACAAUUCACACAACCAGCCCAGCACUUUGAAGAGCAACUUGAUAAACCGAACAUCAGCAGAACCUGUACGAUCAGGGCGAGAAAACCUUCCUCCUAAAGUACAUUCAAGAGUUCAGCUCAACUUUAAGGACAACAGUGACAAAGAGUUAAGGACUCUGGCGCCUCCACAGAUGCCUGUAAAUGAAGAAAAGCCAUCAGCACCUUUAGAAAAUGUAUCCCAUCAGCCUCAGGAGUCCAAAGAGGAGGCUGAGUCAGUACACUCGGAGGAUGACUCAGCACUCUUGUCCUCAAUUUGCUAUCGGGCCCACUCGAGAUCUUGCCUCUUGACACCCUCGGCUCUCAGCAGACCUGGCCAUACAGACAAGGAGGACAGGACGACCAAUCAGCUGCCUGACACCUCCAGACUCCGCCCCCAAGACACCCCCAAACCACAGAUCAACAGAGGUGAUUUCCGAGUGGUCGCUGCCUCUAAACGGGCGUUUUCUGUGGAUGUGGGGUCUGAGGUAGUUGAGGAGAGCUGUUUGGGACGAGGACGGGUUGCUCAGCUCAUGAAAACCUUCAGUGUGUCCAGUGAGUCUCCGCCCUCCCAAACGCCGCCCCAUGGCAACAAACCUCCAAUCCCAGAAAAGCCUACCCACUUGAGGCUCCGCCCCUCACCCUCUCUCAGGUAAACAAGGGACCAACCCCAAGGGAUGCAAGCCAGGGGUCUUCUUCAGUGGCUACAUUUGAAGGGUGUGGGUGCUUAGACUCUCUCAGGAACUUGAAUGUUUUGUUACCAAAGUGACGUAAAAUAAUAUAUAUAUUUUUUUUUAUAUUAAUGUUUUUCUUUAUUUUUGAUUUUUUACAUGGUAUGAGUGGUUUGUAAAACUGUUCAGCAGGAAUGAAACAUCAGUCAUAUAGCUACAUCGCUCAAACUUUCGGCAGUAGUGUUGACCUGGCUGUAUCAAUAAACUGCACUUAGAUGCAUGUUUACAAGUGUGUUUCUGUCUUAAAGGGUCACAUGAAAUCUUAAUUACCAGUAUAAGACUGAGUAAACUCCAAACAAAACCAAAUCAUACUAAACUAAAGUUAGUCAUCCCAUUAGUCUGUUUUAUGCAUUUUGCUUCCUUGCAUCAUGAAGGCUGGAGCAUGUAUGAAGGUAUAAGUGAUCAAACUAUGUUUUUGCUUUUUUGCAAUAUCUAGAGGGCAGGGUGGCCAAUAUUAUGCCCAUAUUUACUGUACAUUACAAUUUCUAUAUAGCAAUUAAGAUGUAUAGAAAGUGGCUGGAUUGAAUUGCACAAACAUUUUAUACAGUAUUUACUCGAUUCACUAAAAAUAUCAGAAAAUUCACUGACCAAGUUACAUUUUGGAACUGACACUACAUGGAAUGACCAACUGUGCCAAAUAUCUGAUAUGUUGGUCUAUAAGUGCUGGUUUUCUCAUAGCCAUACCUUUACUUUGAGGUUGAUGGUCUUAUUGUAUUCAAAUUUUCCAUUUUUGGUAAUCAGGUCAGUAGGGCAAUGGUCACUUUCAUGUAUUUUGUUUUCUCACGGUCACAUUUGCUUGCACUUAAUUCUGUUUUUUUACGUGUUGUGAUCUGGAAGAGUUUAUAUAAUUACUCUGUAUAAGGCUUGAAUGUCCUGUCCACACAUUCAGGAUAAGUGUGGGAUAUUGUUUACUGUAAUAAAAUGAUCA